GAAAUAGGUCACAUGAGCGAACAGAUCUCUUAAAUUUCGUAGAGAUGUGAUGUCGAAAGCCUAUAUCAUGGAAAUUGUAGAGCGUUCAAAUCCAACCAUGGUUAUUACCAAAGAAGAAGCUAUGAGAAACGGUAAUCACUAUGCGGAAGGUUACUUCCAUAGUCCGUUAGCAUUUAUUUUUCCUGAUUUGUUGCCUGGUAAUGUUGGGCAAGCUACAUGGCGUGGAAAAUUCUCGAAAGUAAAACAUGCUUUGGUAAUUCAUCUUGCUGGUACUGGAGAUCACACUUAUUUCAGACGUGAAUUCGGCUUCGCGAAUGACUUGAUGAAAAAUAACAUAAGCUCAAUUUUGCUACAGAACCCAUUCUACGGAUCCAGAAAACCACGGGAUCAAUUCAGAUCAAGUCUUAUUAACGUUUCCGACCUAUUUAUUAUGGGUGGUGCGUUGGUCGCAGAAUGUAAUUUUUUAUUGAAAUGGGCAAGAGAGCAAGGCUACUGGCCUGUAGGUUUGGCUGGUGUAUCAAUGGGUGGUCAUAUGGCUUGUCUGGCAUGUACAAACUCCCCAGAACCUAUUGCACUGGUACCUUGUCUUUCAUGGACUACAGCUUCAACUGUUUUUGUUCAGGGAACGUUGUCGAAAUCAGUUUCCUGGGAUGUGCUAACAAUGGAACUAUUGUCCAAACAGUUUCAAAACGGAAUUCGACAAAUACCAGAAUGUGAUUGGCUUGACAGAUGCUAUGAAAUGGGGAAGAAACUGGAUGAUGACUCACCUUUCAAUAUUGCGAAAUGUUUUAUGUAUGUGUUGAUGGAAGAAUUCACCAAUCUGCGCAAUUAUCCUGCUCCAAAGGACACCAGACUUGUAAAGAAUAUCAUUGCUGAAAAUGAUGGCUAUGUUAUCCGAGCUGGAGUGCCUACAAUGCAACAAGUUUGGCCUGGGACAACUGUGGAGGUAAUCAAAGGAAUGGGCCACGUAGAGGCAUAUCUAGCUAGUCACACAUUGUUCAGAAGCUGUAUCAGAGAAAUGCUACGAAAAAAUCAGGAACUUUAUAGCUGAACUAUGACAGGGUUGAAAAAAUUUUCUUGAGCCUCCUAUUGAUAGUACACUCCCAUAGGCUACAUUCAAUUUGUACGUGAGUCAUGUAUUUAGGUAAUGUCAUCGAAACCUCUUCACUGAUUUUUGCAUUUGAAUUUUUUGUAUGUCUUUUUACUGUUUUCACUAAGGAAAGUUAUAAUAUAGUGCCAAAAUAUAUUUCAACUAUGUGAAAUAGAAUGUUCUUUGACAAGCUAAUACAACUGGUCUCCUUCCGAAUGCAGCUCGCGGUUUAAAUGCUCAAUUAUUGCUUUUAAUUUACGUGUGGGUUCAGCUAAAUACAUGCCACUGUUUAACAGCAGCAAUUAAAAACUACUUGGUACCGUAAAGGUAAAUUGCUAUUAACAUAUUAAUAAAAUAAUGGUUAAUAUUUGUAUAAAACACAAAAUUAUGAAAAGUCC